AUGGCAGACGACAAGUCUGGGAAGGGGGCGUACAUUAACAACCCCGAGUUCCCGUACAAAAAUUUAAACAUUAAAAAGAUUGAACGGAUAAGGAAAAGCGUCAGUCUAGGUAGCCAAUUUUUUAUCCAUAAAAAUCCAAUUAACGAUGAGUCCGGAGGAAGGGAAGCUGUUCCCAAGCAGGGGAAUUUGCAAAAUUACGGAAAUAGCUUAAGCAAAAAAUUUAGUAAAUCGAAAAAUUUUAUAGAGAGAAACAUUGAAAAAAUAUCUAGCUUAAGCAAAAAGAAUGACAUGUUCUUGAAGACCAAAAAGACAUGUAACAGGAGUCACGUGGUGGGUUAUGACGUACACAAAGAUGCAAAGAGGGACAUAAAGGAGAAGGCCACUACAGUUUUUGGUGCCGCUCCGCUAAAAAAUAGAGCCGCGGGGAGCACUCCUGGGAACAUUGGUAAUGCCAAUCAACACGGCAAUAAGAACAUUUUAAGCAAGACUCCAGUGAACCACCUGAAACACAAAACUACACUCGUGCAUGCAAAACACAAAAGCGCAGAGUGCGAUUCGGGCAGAAACAAGACGUAUUCUACGAAUAGUAAUAAUAACGCGGGGGAGGCUGUGAAAAGUGCAAAAAAGUUCCCAGGAAUAGGAGAAAGGGGGAAUAGACAGCACGUGGUCACUAAUUUUGAGAAGCCCAAAAGUUUUGCCAGGAAUUACGACGUGGGAGGUGGUGGACCGGCGUCCACUGCUAAGCUUGGCAGCUAUGUGGCGAGUUAUGCUUCUUCCAACCAUGCAGCCGCGAACAACAGCAACAGUAAUGCUCUUCUGAGAACACAAAAAACACUUCUCGAUGAAGACACGGCAGGACAAAAUCGCAUGGCGAAAGUGCCCUCUACAGGAAUGGCUAGCAGAAGCGCGGGUCAUGAUAGAGGCGAAACGCAUUUGAGGAAAAAUGCUCAUGUAAGCAAAGGAAUGAUGAAACAAAAUGAAUGGGCGGAUAUAAAGAAUAACGUCACCCAGGAGGAGGUAGCCAAAAAGAACAAGCAACAAACCAAUGCGCAAGUCACACAUUACCAGCCCGAUAAGGAUAAACAUGUCACAAAUGAAGGGGGAAAAAAAAUAGAAAACAAAUUAAAAGAAAGCUCAGAUGUAGUAUCACCUUAUGAGGAUAAUGAAAUAAAAAAUAAAGGAAUCGAUUAUGUAAUGGAUAGGAAAAUGCAAGGAGAAGAUACCUUAGAAAGUCAGACAUGUGAACUCAACGAGAUUGGAAAGUUAGAAUAUGAUGGUUCAGGUGAAGGGACGGAUAUUUAUUGUACGAAUCAUCAGCAGAAACCUAAACCAACAGAUGAGGGGGAGCAUAUGUACCCUCAAAAUAAUUUCCCAAAUGGUUACCAUUAUGGUGGAGGUGGCGUUGAAAAGGGUGAUCGUGGAGGCGAUGUGCGAAGGGGGAUAUAUGUCUAUGAUGAUGACAAGGGUGGAAGCUAUGAGAUGUGCGAAUCGGGUGCGAGAGAGGAUGGACAUGAAGCAAAGGAGCAAGUGGAUGAAGACAACGAAGAGGAGGUCAUCGUCACAGAGGAAUCGCAGGGGAGUGAAGGAGACGGCGUCUUGCUUAGGGAAACCAAUAAUAUAGCUCCACCAAUCUGUAAUAGCGAUAACGCAGAAGCAGGAAAAAAAGAAUUCCCAGAAAAAUCGAUAAGCCUAAACGACAAUUCUUCCCUCGAUACGGUUACAAAUUACAGUUUUCAAAGUAAGAAAGACCAUCAAAGCUGGGGGGAAAAAAUAAAGUUAAAAAAUGGAACAACCAAAAAACUGCAAAGCGUAGACUAUACGUCCAAGACGAUGCACAAGGAAAAGGGUAAAGCUCUUUCUUCUCGAUAUGCGCAUUUGGACUCAUUGGGAAAAAAAACAAAUGCAGAAAGGCUUACGCAUAAUAAAAAUGUGAACGAAUUAUGUGGAAAUGUUAGAAGCAGCAUUGGAGCGUUUGACGAAUUGCUCUUGAGGCGGCCUGCAAACUUAAAAGGCAGAAGUGUACCACCAAGUGGUAUGUCUGUGCUUAAUGGGGGAAAGGAAAUAGGUGCCCACAGUGGUACUACAACGAUUAGGGAACCAAAUGAAGGUCUCACAUCGCGUGAUAAUUAUUCCUUAAAUGAGUAUCGAAUGGUUGAAGGGAAAUUUAUGCAGGAGGAUUUUUCUGCCAAAUAUAGGGAAGGACAAAGUGACGAAAUAGAGAAGCCCUCUGAGGAGCCAAAUGGGAUGACGAGGACAUGCAUCAAGAGUGAAGAAAAUUUCCUUUUUGAUAAAAAUAGGUAUAAUAAUGUCAAAAGAGAUGGACAGAAGGAAAGAGAGGAGAUUACACAUAAGCAACAAGUGUACACACACUAUGGCGAAAAUGAGCUGGAAAUAAUGGUUGGCGAAAUGGAGAAGUUAGAUGAGGGGGCGUGCGAUGUCUACGCUAAAAAAAGUGACACUGUACGCUCAGAUAAAAGAUUAUCGGAGCCAUCUUCAGUGCAGAAUGCGCAGAUGCACACAUGUGGCAACGGUUUAGAUAACGUGAUCGAGGCAGCAGAUUCACCAAUACAGAAACGAAAUGCACUAAAUGAGGAUACACUUAAAAAACAGCUUGCCAAUUCAUAUGACUACGAAUUUUCGAGCUCGCGCAAAGCAAAUCAUAGCCUUUCUGGAAGUAACUUUUCUCCUGUGCACAAAAAUCAUUCGACCGAAGCGCAAAACCUGGGAAACGCCAACGAGGGUGAAGUACACAGUGACGAUGAAGACUAUAAAUUGGUGACGGAGAAUAAAUCGACGGAGGACGAGAUGGAUGAAAAGAACGAGGAGGUAAGCGAGGAGGAAAAGGAAGAAAAGGAGAAAAAAAAAGGGGAAAUACUCAAUGAUUUUCCAGACUAUGACGGAGACACUGCAGAUGAUAAGCACCCCAAUGGGGAUAGCCCCAGAGGACAGUGUUACGGCGAAGGAGGACACAUCAAGGAGCCUAACAAAGGCUAUUUUGACAAGAGCUUUAAUGAGGACUCAGUGGAGAAGGAACAUUUAUACGGCGACCCCGACAGUGCGAACAUUCCUAGUAGGAUCUUUCUAACAGUAAAUGGGACAGACGCGCAAAAAGGUGUGCAAAAAAAUGCGCACGAUUCGGUGCAAUUUAAUAAGUCUGGUGGGGAGCCCUUCGAAGGUAAACGCGAAGUGGUCCGGGGUACGGAAGCCACAGAGAAUCGUGGCGAUAAGCCGGAUGAGCAGGAUGAUGAUAAACACAAGUUCCUGUGCAGCUCCAGCGACACUUAUCAUGUGGAUGUAUUGAAGUUGUACAAUAAUAAGCUAUCCCAUGAAGCGGGGAACAAAAAGAACAAUAAACUUAUAAACAAGAAUAUGAUUUUGAAGGAGAUAUUCGGCUCGAAUUAUGAGUCCAGUUUGAAGAAUGAUCUGAACGAGUCGAGCAAUGUGAUUGGCCGCGAGCAGGAAGCGGCGGAGGAAGACGGGGACGAAGCGGGAAAAGUCGUGGAGGAACACGCACAGGAUGGUGUAGAGGAGGAGGCGCCAAAUUACCCAAACGAGGACACAACCAAGAAGGAGCCGCCGAACAACAGCGCUGCAAUCAUAAGCGAUGAUAAGUGUGACCAUUAUGCAAGCAACAAAUCGAUCGGAGGAGAUGCCCACGAGCCGUUCGAGUCUCAGUUUGAUACAAGUAACAGCGUGGAGAAGGACUCAUUCGGAAGUGAGCUAGCCAAUGACGAGGACUCGUUGCUUAAAAGGUAUGAAGAGAAUUCCUCCCCGCUGAUUUUAUCCAAGCCGUUGUUUAACGACAAAACGAGUGAAAGCAGUUAUAACACAAGUGUGUUAAUGGGUCGAGCAAAAAAAGAAUCACUAUCAUUUCAGGACACCACUGCAGGGGGUAAUAGUCAUAAGGAUAGAAAUCGUAACGAUGAUGUCCUUGUAAAAAAGAAAGGGCUGCAAAAUUUAGAGGACACGCCAAAUUACACAGAGCAAAAGCGAACGCAUAAUGCUGGUGAAUUGUCGAACGAAUAUAAGGAAGGUGGAUAUACAUCGAAGGCAAUGUUGGAGAAGGAGGCGGUAGGCAAUGCACAGGACCCAGCAAUGCAUGUGCAUAAGGUUGUGACGGAUGGGUGGGGAGAAUAUUACGACGCUGGGGAAAGCAGCGAUGUGAAGAGGGUGGAAGAACCGGAUAGCGAAAACGAAAUGGCCAUCCUUGAUGGUGUUGGCGAAAAGACAGCGCAGGAAGACAUUAACAACAGAGCACCAAAUGAUGAGAAGGCAGAACGAGCGGAUGGACUCUUUGAAAAAAAAAAGAGAAAGGGAUGUGAGCAUCCAUAUGAUCAUUACAUUGAUGAGUAUGAACAAGGCUUCUCCUUGGUGAACCAGACGGCAGGCGAAAGGAAGAGAAAUGAAAUAGUUGAGCAAAUAGUGAUGUAUGAAACAAGGAGGAACAGCCAAGGUGGGCAGUAUCGCAGUUAUAAGGACUAUGUAAAAGUGGGAGAAUUGGAAGGGAGAAAUCACAUCAGAGAAGAACUCAGGGGAGGACCAACCGAGGAGGAUAACCCAAUGCAGCCUCACAAAACAUCGUGGACACAAAAAGCGCAACCUGGCAGCGACGGAGUAGCGAACACAGAGAAUGAGUUGACACAUGCACAUGGCGAAACUCAUGGCGACAGGAAACACAAAGCCAUUUGGAAAUACAAGGAUAAGAAUUUCCUAAUCUAUAGAGACAAAUUAUUUCAGGAAAAAGAAAAGGAAGCCAACCAAAGAAAUUCCCACAUGCAUGACGACGAACAGUUAGACACGCAUUAUGGAAAAAAGUUUGAUGUAAAUAAAGAGAGAGAAUAUCUGUUCGACUCUAUGAGCGAUAAUUAUAAUUAUGAUUACCUGAGGAAGGGAAGGAGUGGCAAGAAUAGUUCUCAGAUGAUGAAUUUGUAUGAAAGCAUUAAAAGCAGAAUGGAGGCUAGCGGAAAUAAGGAAAGUGAUAAUAGCAACUUGAAGAGCGUCAUAAGUGACGACUACUAUUUGGACUACAUAAAGAAUAGGAGAAAACAUAGCAACAAAUAUCAAGGCCAAAAAAGCAGAGUAGAUAGCUAUAACAAAGUACAGCAAAGCAGCAAUGAACAUGACCUCAUGAUAAACAAAAGGAAAAGGAAGAAUAUAUUCGAAAGUGAUAGCUUGAUAAAUGAUAGCAAGCAUGAACAUAAUUUUGAUCUGCCACGUAACAAUAAUGAAUUCCUGGAUGAUGUGAAGAAAAAAAUAAAAAAAAUUAACCAUAUAGAGUGUAGCCAUCUGUCCUAUGGGAACAGUGAAAGUUCCAAGGCAGGUGCAUUGUAUAGCAGCAUAAACGAAACAACAAAUAGUAGCCACACUAUUGUGUCGAAAAGGAGCAAAUAUAUUUUGAAACACUCGAAUGCUUCCUCUCUUUGUGAUGAUGUGCCUUUGUUUUUUAACUUUGUUAACUGCAGCUCAAUCGUGUUAGGAUCCGAAAUUAUAUACGUCACAGAUGAAACGUAUGGGAAGUGCGAAAACAUUUUAAAAGACAAACCAUUCCACACUGCCAACGUGGAAAGGGGUUACUAUGAAGAUUACUCCAAUGACCUCUAUAACGUGACGAAUAGUAAUUUGAGCAUUGGCAUAGCCCAUCCUAGGAAGCGCUUGGACGAUAUGGCUGGUAAGGGAAAGGUUGGCAAUUUUCCUGGAGCACGAAUGAACUGUUCUCGUGAGGAGAGGAUAGGGGGGGAAAGCGGUUAUCUCAAAUUAUCCGAAGAAUCAAGUAAAUGGGGGGAAUGCCCGGGGUGGCUCACCAAAAGAAGAAUAAAAAAAUAUUUCGAUUUUUGUAUAGUGAAGCUAUGCAAACCAACCCUCAUCAAAGGAAUAGACAUUGACACAAAUAAUUUUUUGGGAAACUACGCUCCGUAUGUUUCUAUCGAGGGGGCGUACAUCGAAGACGACAUGUUAAUGAGUGCGGAAUCAUUUUCAAAAUAUGUGGACCAAAUUAAAUACCAGAACAAGAAAAAAAAAUAUUUCAUGUUUGAGAAGGACUUUUUUUCGCAGCACCACCCUAGGGGGAGGAGCAAUGAAAGGGGGGGUGUUCACAACGAAAAUGGAGAAUGCAGCAAUACGGGUGAUGUCAGCAACAGGAAUAAGAAUCACAGCGCUAACGCAGAUAGGAAAAAUCUGUUCCUAUCGAGCCGAAACAGCAGCGGGGAAAACCGCUACUGGAGCAAUGAGCGGAGACGUCUGGACGACCAUGUGCUCAACAAUAGAGAAGAGGUAGAAUUGGUGAUAGACGGGAAAACAUAUUUUAAAAGAAACAAAUAUUUUUAUGAACCCAUUUUGAUAGAUCCCCUUGACAAGUCCGACCAGGUGUAUGAAAAUUAUUUGGAAAUUCUAAGGUAUAAUGAUAAGUAUAAAAAAUUGAGGACUAACCCUAAGUCUACGUCGUUUGUGGCCAACGGAAAUGAGUACCGCUACAUAGAUAAUAAAUUGUACACGCUUGUAGAUGUGACGAGGGAGAUAGCUAGUAGGUAUCCUGGAAUCCACAAGGGGUGUUUGUUAAGGAGCUCCUCUUCCCCAGUGGGCACGGACCCUAAUGGGGCUAACAGUGGCGAGGGGAGGGGUUAUUCCAGUGGUGACCACUAUGGAGAUCGCUUCGUCGGAGUGGAGGGAGAUGGUCCUAGCGGAGCAAUGUGCCAUGGGGAGUACCCCACGGGUAGCGCAGCGCAGGGGGGGCGGGGCGAGAAUGAUGACAAUUGUGAGAAUGGCGUAAAUGGCGAGAAUAGCGAAGAGGAGGAGGGAAACCCAUUCCUCUCAAACUCGUACAACUCAAACACGCUCUUUUUAGACAACGACUACUCAGUAGAAAAGAAAAUAUACAACGACCUGCACAAGCAGUAUCAAUGGGUAUCCAUCCUAGAGGACGAAAGGAUGAAUCCUGGAUUUAAAAACUACAAUCAUAACUGUUUCAACAUAAACACAUGUAACAAAAUAUUUACGCACCUGAUUGUUUGUCUACUCCCCGAUGGAGGAAUAAACAAGUUGCGAGUGUAUGGAGAGAUAAAGAUAAGUGAAAAUGUUCGAAAAAAAAGUUACAAAAAGACGAUUAAUGCGUGUGAUAUUUUAGAUGGAUCCCACGUCGUCUACACAACUGAUGAAUUCUAUGGAAAAUCUGAAAACAUAUUGAUCGAUCAGAACUCGGAGUAUGUUAUGGGGUGGCAGACAAGAAGACUCAUCAAUAGGCCUCUACGUUAUGUUGAGAAUUUGACGAUAAAUAAUAUUUCGUCCAUAUUUUUUAACAACAACUAUUGUAUAAUUAAGCUCAGUUUUAUUACCAGCAUUAAGUACAUAGAAAUUAACACCAUAUUUUAUGAGUACAAUUUUCCGUUGUGCGUUUCGAUUGACUAUUGCUAUAUGAAGGAAGUACACUCGGAGGAGAAGUCCAAGCAGAUUGAAUUUUUUGGUGAAAAUAUUGAGAAUAUUCAGUGGAAGGAGCUUCUCCCUCUGUCCUACAUUAAGGGGAACCACAUCAAUUUUUUUACGGUAAAUGGUAGCAGCUCUGAUGAGGCACCUUUGCCUGACAUGGUGUCCUCCCAUCUCCGUCUGAACAUAUACCCGGACGGGGGCAUAAACACGAUUAAGGCAUACGGCCCGGUGGUAGAGGUAUAG